CCUAAAUGAGAAUGGAACCAUUACCACCUUUACAACAGGUCGAGAUAACCCGUCUUGCCAAAGACAUACCUCACAACAGUUACUCAGAGUUAUGCGUAGCCUUGGGUUCAUAUACUAAUGGUCAGACAAUUCUUGCUAGUCAUCAAUCAAGAUACAAAGAAGCUUUAAUGCAGGUUUUAUUCGAUUGGAAUAAGACACAAACCAAUCCAAGUCAGUCACGAUCAAUCCUGGCAGGGAAGCUUGAAGAGGUAGAUCUGGGUGGAUUAGCAGGAAAAAUAUCCCAAGGUGAAUACCAAGCGGAAGAACCAAUACCACGCAAAUCAGAUAUCUACAGUGAAAAUAUUUCGGAAUCUCUGACUGUUCGAAAAUGUCGCACAAUCUUAGAGGACAAAUAUUCGAGCCAGCUAUGUAAAAUUCAAAUGAAACCUUGGGACAAAGACGAUUAUGCAGAGUUUGAAGAUAUGCACACCGUUGUUACCAUGGUAAAGAAGGACAAUCGUGGGAGAGAUAUUAAGGAAAAGGAAAUACUACAAGGCUCUGCAGGAAAAAUAUUUUCAGCCAAAGUAAACGGAAAAUUUCCAUUUCGAAUCCUUAUUUCGGCUCCCGCUGGACGAGGAAAGACGACAGCUGUUGCUAAGAUGGCGCACGACUGGGUUCACAGAGAAGAUGGCUCAGGAUUAGAGGACUUGCCACUGCUGUUUGUUGUCAAGUUUCGAAACACAAGCCAUAGUACAUCGAUCGGAGAAGCCAUCAUAUCACAACUCCUGAGUGAUGUUGACGAUCUGACGCCAGAGGGGCUUGAAAGUUUCAUCAGGCAGCAUCAGGGAAUCUGUCAUAUUGUACUAGAUGGGCUCGAUGAGUAUGCUGGUAUCUCCUCCUCAAGCAAUAUCAUGAGCAUUCUCCGAUGGGAAAUGUUUCAACAAUGUCGAGUUCUUGUAACCACUCGACCUCACUUAGAAAACAUUUUCAGUCAAGGGGAUCUACCAAGGGUAUACACGAAGAUGGAGAUCGAAGGAUUCUCCAAAGAGAGCUCAUGUAAUUACAUUGACAGGUUCUUUUCUUCCCGGAUUCAGAAACCAAUGAAAGCAGAUGGUCUGAAGUUUUACCUCGAGACAAAUCCACUGAUAGAGGAACUAGUAAAAACACCACUAUUCUGCCUCAUGGUAUGUCACUUAUGGUCUGUAGAUCGUCUUAACAGUGAGACUUCAACUCAAACAGCAUUACUCGACAAAGUAAACGUAUUUCUAAGCCACCACGCAAAUGAACGGACCGGUGGGGUAUUCACACCUGAAACCCUAGACGCAGUAAUCCACAAACUGGGCAAAGUUGCUCUCACUGGUCUACUUGCUGAUUCUAAGAAGUUGGUAUUUACCCCUCGUGAUUUUCAGAAGAUUCCAUCUGUCCUCGAUAAGGCAUGUCAGUUAGGGAUAGUAUCCAAGACAACUUUAUCAAGCGAACACCUUCCUCAAACUAACGAAACCUAUUCUACUACUAUAGAAUUUUAUCACAAACUUGCCCAAGAACAUGCAGCCGGGAAGUUCCUAGCUCAUAAAACAAGUCGUUUCAAGCUGAAUUUGAAGAUUUCUAAGUUAGACCAAGUGUUGCGAAAGAUUAAAAGAAAUGUUGGCGAUUAUGAAAAUCUCAUUCGUUUUGCUGCUGGCACAAAGAACAGUCUCUGUAUUCGAAUAAUGGAGACGCUUCUGACAACUAGUUAUUUAUCCGAGAGUGAGCGUUAUCGUAUUCUCUUAGACUGUUCAUCAGAGUCUGGGGUUAGCGAUGGGAAUGUGUCAUCCUUGGUUCGAAGGUGUGUGACGUCACAAAAUAUGCUUUUGCAAUCGCCAACAGUGUAUACUGUAGUUGGGAUGCGAAAUCUUCCAAGAGAACUGAAACAAAAGGUUGUGAGUGUACGAUUCGAGCAGUCUAUCAUGGCAACCGCUGUGACAGAUGGACUAUGGGCCUGCCUUAAAUCAUUCCCGAUGCUUAAGUAUCUCACCAUCUCAGACUCAUCUAUCGAUUUCCCUCCAUCUCCUCCUGAGCUACCAUCCAUCACAAAGCUAUCAACUGAUGGAGUGACGUCACAAUGCCCUGAAGGUCUGAUCUCAUCACUCCCUGCUGUGGUAAAUUUUCAUAUCACUAUCGAUCAUGCAGAGGGAGACAUAGCCUUUAUCACGGCUGGUCUUCGUCGGACUGGAGGACGGAAGCUCACACACAUUACCCUUCGCACUACGAACUCACUCCCAUCAGAGAAGAGUCAUGUAUCAAGCAAGACAAUGAGAGGACUGGGUCUGCUCAUCAAGGAACAUACCAAGAACCUGGAGUAUCUCCAUCUGGAAGAGGUGAAGUGUACAGACGAGGGUGACUUGGUUUAUUUCAUUGAAUGCUGCAGACAUGUGAAGACGAUGGUACAAGUAAGGCUCACGUACUGUGGGACGAUGUCGAAUGGUAAGGUGGCUUCUCACCUCAAGCGCCUUUACACUAAAUCAUCCAACGAUCUCGACGUGUAUGUUUUCUAUGUAAGUCACAUGCUCUGCCUUUACACUAUGUAAUUUCAAUAUCACAUUAUUGACACACUAAUAUCAGUAUUGAUGGUAAAGCAUGUACGUGUCAGAAUAAAUCGAAAUAUAAUCCAACAGUGAAAGAUUAAAUUAAUGCAAUUUGAAAUCUAAUGUGUAGUAGUAGCUCUUCUCCGAUUCAUAAUUCACUCAACUCUUUUCAACGAAUAUAAAUGGAAUUUCUGAUAAAUUCGUGUCUUUGCCUAGGUUCUAUUUUAAACACGUUUUUUCUGUUUGCAACCGUUUGAGAUUUGCCUUCGAUAUGCCGUUGGCCUUUGUUAGUUUCCACACAUUUGUAUUCUCGGUAUUUUGUGUGAUCUUAUGUAUUAUAUGCCUUUUUUCACUGUAAUUAUAUGUAUUGUCGUCUUAUGCAAAUGUGAAAUAAAUUGAAUUGAAAGCAGGCAAAGCGCGUUAAUCAAUUUUACCUUUAAUUCUUAGCAUACUCCAACGACAAUGAGGAAUUGAAGCAUUUUUUUAUUAAGAAACAAAAGCACCCAGUAUGGUAAAAGCCUUGAAUGUGGGGAAAAAAGUGAUCGCGUUUUAACAUAUAAUUCGCUAUAUAUUCAAUGUAAGGAAAAGGUCAAAGGGGGAAAGCGAAAUGAAGGGAAGGGAAAGGGAUAAAAGUCAGAACAUUUCUUAUCGUAGUCGGUCCAUAGCCCCACAUAUAAAUAUUCCGUUCAUGCAAGUUAACGUUAAACCGAUCCUAUACCAGUAAAACGUAACUAUCAAGCGUUAUAUACUUAACCUGAGGGAGGAAAAUCGAAGUCAUAACUCGAUCACAAUUAUGACUUGCAAAUUGCAUAAUUAUGUUGUAACGAACAGCAAACUUAAGGGUGCUUGAUUGGUGAUGCUAUACUUAUUGUAUUUUCUGCGUGAGUUUGUUAUAACAAUCGUUGUCUCAUGAUGGCUUUUAUUCGGCCAUCUACGAUGUCAAGCAUGUACAUUCAAAAGAUGACUUUAAACAAUAUAAACGCACACACACACGCAAAAAAUUAUAGUCCGUGGCGGCCUACAAUGCCCCAUAAAAAACGUAAAUUGAUACAUCGUGUGAUGAUCAUAGAAAAUCUACAUUAUAGGCACGAACUACAAAUGACCAUCGGUAAAUAAACAUUCGUUUAAAUAUAGUAUGUAAAUACAAUAUCAUAUGAAACAAAUAGAAUAUUACCACUCGUUAUCUUCUUUUCUAUCGAUUAUUUCCAGUGAAAAACAACAACUAUGGUAUCUUCAGGACAUGUGAUGUUGUUUUCGUAAACUACCUACCCCUAUGAAUGACAUGAUUAUUAAUUAUUUUUAACCAUGAAAAGGAUUAUGCCAUUUAUUGUGUUAUAUUAUAUAAUACAUUGAUAAUUCCUUAUUCGUUUUAUUUUUUCGGGCAUGGAGUGCAUGAGAUCCCACCUGUCUUAUUUCUAUUAGCUAACCAAUUACCAAAACUUCUCACCACAGAAAAAAAUGUAGUCCAUGCUUGUUUCACGUCGUAAAUGCAAAAAAUAAGCAACAUUGCAAAACGAAAGACAUUCUUUUAUCUCUUUGUGAAGAAAAUAAGAAAAAGAAGGCAGAGUUGAAAUAAUACACAACAAAAAAGUAAGUCCCUCCUUAGACAAACAUCAAUAAUUUCCGAACCACUGAGAGAGCUCGAUAUAUUUUUACAUGAGCGUGUAGGUAAUUUUAUAAGCUACCCUCAGAGUGAAUGUUACGGACGUACUUUAUGCCAUGCUUUAGUGGGCACCGUAAGGAGCCAAAAUUGUCACUUUUUAAAAGUCGCGAGCCAAAUAUCAUGACUUUGAUUCCACUUUAUUGGAACGAAUUUUACAUUUUCAUCACGAAAAAUCGUCAGAUGGCUUGAAAAUAUACUUUCUAAAAGACCGUACAACUUUCUUUUUGCUAAAUUUCACGGUUGAAUAAACACAAUUCAAAAUUUGAUAUAAUUUGAUUUUUUUUACACAUUUCUAUCGAUAAAAAUGAUCGAAUAUGAUGACAAGAUGACAAUUAUUUUUGGGAAGAGUAUCGUCAACAAAUAUCAUAGGCAAGUACUGUUUUAUUAUGGGAACUGAAAUUAUCUUAUCAACUUUUUUUCGUUAAGUUCAUGACAAAUUAACAUGUUUCAGUGAUUCAAAGGCGUUUAAAUUAAACAUUCCCGCUUGAAUGAACAUGAGGAAUGUGAAUAGCUCUUUUUUUUUUACUCUAUUGGGAAAAAUGCAAUUGCUAACUAUGGAUAUCUGUCACAAACCUUCUUGCAUAGUUCAUUUGAUAUAAUUUUUAUGAAAUCCCGGUGCAUUAUGCUUCAGUGAGCACAAUAUAUUCGAAAAUUAUGCAAAAACGAAGAAAGUUCAAGGCCUUGUUCCCACACUGUGCUGUACCGAAUGAUUAUUUUAGUGUGCGCACUUUUUGGAUAGUGUCACACUGAUGCCAUGGGCAAAGUUUCAUGGAAAAAAGUUGGCAAAAGUAACAAAAACCGUCUAUGAAACAAACCCUCAUUUCCAUUUUAUUAAAAUUUUGGUUUCCUCUGUCAUAUACAUUUUGUACACUAUGGGUGAAUAUGUUUAAAGGUGCCAUGAAAUACAGCAAAGAUGCUGACUUAUUCGUUAGCUUAGUAGUUACUAAUUACGAUUCCAUCAAAAUUUUACCCAAAAAUAUCCCACAUCAGGUUCAAAGGCAGUUUUAUAUUGAAAAUUGAGCCAAAUUCGCCCCUCCCAAAAAAAUUCAGCCAGAUUUGGUUUCGUAUAUAUCACGUGACAAUUAUGACGUCAGGGAAGGAAGCUGCUGAGUGUUGUUCACGUUCGGAGCGUGAAGUGUUUAUUUUGGUUGCACAUGUGGAUCCAAAGUAAAUAAAUUGAAUUGCUGGAAUAAUAUUCAGAACCUGAAUCUUCAAAGUCUGAAGAAUCAGACGCAGCUGAUGACGAUGCUGCAGCCAUGAUCAAAACAUCAUAAAAAUCUUUAAAAAAUCCGUUAAGGAUGAGCUCGUUCGAAACAGCAACUACACGAGGAACGUGUACAAUAACUAGGGGUCCGGCUGCACAGCUGGGAAAGCCUUCCUUCGAUGACGUCACAAUGAUUGACAGGUCGAUCGGUCGGACUCUUUCGAAAAUUUUAGUGGGCGUUCCCGUUGAAGUUAAUUUCCAUGGAAUAACUCAACACCAGUUCGUCGUACACAGGAACCGAUGGCAAAUUCGUAUUUUUCAAGUAAAACUACCUAAUAAUAGAUAUGUA